UGUGGAAAUGCUUAUCUCGCUCACUUAUGAAACCACACUGGACGGAUAUCGCUGGGAUCAUUGAAUUUCGUUCCUCUCCCAUCUAUUGGACGUUCUUUGUGCUUCGCAUGUUUCUGUACGCGUCUGCAUGGGUUCUUAGAUUCUUUAACUACAUCAACCAUGAGUGGCACAGUAUCACCAACGCUGGGUAGCGUAACACCAGUUGCUCAUCAUAAUCCAUUGAUGGUACCUCCCCCAGGAGGCUGGAUCGACCCUUCUAGAGCUACUAUGCACUAUAGGGCCGUUAUACUGGUUGCACCCAUCACGGCGUUCUACAUUUUAGAUCUUUUGGUACUUCUCCUCAGAGCCUGGUCAAGAUAUAUCAAGAAGUCUUCAUGGCGGCUGUCUGACUACUUCAUCUUCAUUGCUUCCAUCUUUGGAACUGGCUAUAUCGCAAUUUGCUGGCUAGUUGCCGAGCGUGCCGGUAUCGGCUACCCUAUCAUUCAAGUUGCACCCCAUGAGCGUCUACUCAUUCGAAAGGCAUUUUUUGCGGCCUGGCUCCUGCAAUCCUGGGCCAACUCAUUUAUUCGACUCUCCAUCCUUGAUUUCCUCCUGCAAGUCUUCGCUCCCGAGGAGAAGUUCUGCCUUGCCAUCAACUUCUUUCAAGCGGCGACUUCGGCCUACCUGAUUGCCUGCACAAUCGCCUGGCUCGCAACCUGCCGUCCUUUCAGGUACAACUGGGAGCUUGGUCCAGACGUGCCUCGGCACUGUGGCAACCUUCAGCUCAAAUUUUUUCUCAGCGCCAUUUUUAACCUCGUACUCGAUGUCGGCAUUCUCAUUCUCCCAAUGCCUAUGCUUUGGACUUUGCAGAUAAACACACGCAAGAAGAUUACCAUCAGCCUCAUUUUUGGAUUAGGUAGUUUUGUCUGCUUCGCUACAGCAUGGCGAACAUACCACGUGGUUAAGUUUUCCAAGCCCCACAACCAGAUAAACUUCACCAUGGGCGUUGUCGAAGACGCUUUGUGGUCCGGGCUUGAAAUAACUCUUGGAAUUAUCAAUGCAUGUUUACCUGCCAUGCAACCCGCAGUCCAGCACCUCGUCCGUGGCCCCUACCAGCAACUCCUUGAAUUUUCCACGAGUCGCUUCUCCAAACGUUCCAAGUCGUCUACGGGCUAUAGCAGCACAUCAGGCCACUCGCGCUUCACACCCUGGGCACGAAUCAGCGGAUCAGAGAAUGGGUUAAAGACUGGCAUCGAGCGCGAAGUGGGGUAUUCGGUCGACUCAGAGUCAAAUUCUAGUGAUCGCAUUCCUAUGGAGAACGUCGGAUCCACGACACAGCUAGCCACCCAAGUCUCCGUAACUUACCAUGACCCCUUAACAAACAAGUACCGCCGCAGCAACAAUCCUUAGCUGGUGCUGCUCGCUUGAUCAGUAAAGAUUGGACGGCUAGCUUGAACAGGAUCCAAGGAGAUAGACGAAGCUACGGAAAAAAAGUUACGU